UUCUGCUACUACCUAUACGUUAUCGUAAAUGUAUUUAAUUAUGAUUAUUGUCACUAUUAGUAUUAAUAUUAUGCAACACGACAACCUUAACGCACUUCUAAACUCCUUUUCUAUCUCUUCACUCUCUCCCUUUCUUCAUUAAAAUACCAACACUUUCUCCACCCUCUCAUAAUCCAUUUUGUUUAAUCAUUUCUCUGGUGGCAGUAUUUUCUAAAUUAACUAUCUUUUCAACUUUUUGCUGAUUUACUCAUUUCUUUAUGAUAUUCUCAUUCUCUACUUUUUAUUUGUUCUGGGUUGGAUCAUUUGAGUGCCACUAGUUCUUGUUCUCUGUCGGUUGUUGAUAGUUUCAAGAGUUGUUUUGAUUUACAUAUAGACAAAAGUAGUGUCUUUUUUAGUUGAGUUUAUCUACACAAAUAUAAGGGGGCAGUGAAGAGUCCACUCACUGACAGCACAAAAUUUAAUGGGGGAAACAACCCACAACCACGACCACAACCACCAGCCACCUCCACCACAGACGGUGGCGCCACCGCUACCUCCAUCUCUUGCAGUUUCAAGAGGACCCACUUGGACUCCAGCUGAGCAACUCCAGCAACUUCAGUUCUGCAUCCAUUCUAAUCCUUCUUGGCCUGAAACUGCUUUACUGGCUUUUCAACACUAUAUUGUGAUGCUUGGAACUAUCGUAUUAAUUGCUAGUAAUCUUGUACCUCGAAUGGGCGGGGACCAUGGUGAUAAAGCUCGUGUGAUUCAAACAUUGCUCUUUAUGGCGGCGUUGAAUACACUGAUUCAGACAUUCAUUGGAUCAAGGCUUCCCACUGUGAUGAGUGCAUCAGUUGCAUUCACCAUACCGGUGUUGUCAAUCAUCAAGGAUUUGUCCGAUGAAUCAUUUGCAGAUGAGCACGAUAGAUUUAUCCACACUAUGAGAACCAUUCAAGGAUCACUGAUCGUCUCUUCCUUUGUCAACAUCAUUCUUGGCUUUAGUUUUACAUGGGGCCAUUUGACUAGGUUCUUCAGUCCCAUCGUUAUAGUACCAGUUGUUUCUGUGGUGGGACUUGGCCUAUUCAUGAGAGGCUUCCCACUGCUUGCCAACUGUGUGGAAAUUGGGCUGCCUAUGCUGAUUUUAUUAGUCAUAUGCCAGUAUCUGAAACAUCUCCACCCAAGGACCCGGCCUGUACUUGAGAGGUUUGGCUUACUCCUUUGUCUGGCAAUUGUAUGGGCUUUUGCUGCUAUUCUCACUGUUGCCGGUGCUUACAACAAUGUCGGACAACAAACUAAAGUUAGUUGCCGCACAGAUCGAUCCUUUCUUAUCUCAUCUGCUCCAUGGGUUAGAGUCCCGUAUCCUUUUCAGUGGGGUGCUCCCAUAUUUAGAGCAAGCCAUGUCUUUGGAAUGAUGGGAGCAGCACUUGUCUCAUCUGCAGAGUCCACUGGAGCAUACUUUGCUGCAGCUAGGCUUUCAGGUGCUACGCACCCUCCAGCGCAUGUUCUCUCUCGAAGCAUUGGUCUACAGGGUAUUGGAAUGCUGCUUGAAGGACUUUUUGGGGCUGCUGUUGGCAAUACUGUAUCUAUUGAAAAUGUUGGCCUUCUUGGACUAACACACAUUGGCAGCCGAAGAGUGGUGCAGAUAUCAACUGCUUUCAUGAUCUUUUUCUCCAUAUUUGGGAAGUUUGGUGCCUUUUUUGCUUCUAUUCCUCUGCCGAUUUUUGCUGCCAUGUACUGUGUUUUAUUCGGCAUAGUAGCUGCUAUUGGGAUUUCAUUCAUACAGUUCUCUAACAAUAACUCAAUGAGAAACCACUACAUCUUGGGCUUGUCUUUGUUCCUUGGGAUAUCAAUACCUCAGUAUUUUGCAAGUACCACCACCAUGGAUGGACAUGGACCAGUUAGAACAGAUGGUGGAUGGUUCAAUGACAUAUUGAACGCGAUAUUCUCAUCACCUCCAACGGUGGCAAUGAUUGUCGGGACGGUACUUGAUAACACGCUUGAUGCAAGGCAGACGACGACCGACAGAGGAAUUCCAUGGUGGAAACCUUUCCAGCACCGGAAGGGGGAUGUUAGAACAGAGGAGUUUUACAGUAUGCCUAUCCGGUUUCAUGAGUGGUUACCUUCUAGGUUUCUGUGAAUACAGUUGACCUACUUGUAUAGUAGCUAUACACGACUAGCAAAUUUCAUGUUAGUUUGCUUGAUGAUGAGGCCUGUUCUUUUAUAAGUUGUUGGACAUAAAAGCUUUCAGGUAAAAUAUUUAUUUUGGUUAGGCA